UUUUAAUUGAGUUUCUUUACGCGUGUUACAAUUGUUAGAAAAUUUUUUUUAAAGAGUGGGGCGGGUGGAAGUGAGGAAGUAGGCUCGGCUUGGGUGAAAGGGGGAAGUUGAGAGGUCACAAUGUUGUUGUCUUUGUGUGAAGGAGUGAGGCUCCAUCUCGAAUCACUCUUCCCUCUUCCCCGAGUCCUUUCUACACUCUUCCCCCGGGUUUAUAACCCUCCCGAACCUCUCCCCGUCUACCCUUACAACCCCAACCCUCCCCCCGGUCACCAUCCAGCGGACGAACCGGAUCAUCUCUGUGACCAAAGACGACCCUCAUUUGACACAAAACCUCUUCAGACGCCAGUUGCAGCUAUGGACUCCGGUGUGAUUGAAGGAGGGCUCAAUGUCACCCUUACCAUUAGGCUGCUCAUGCAUGGCAAGGAAGUCGGCAGCAUUAUUGGAAAAAAAGGUGAAUCUGUGAAGAAGAUGAGAGAAGAGAGUGGGGCGCGCAUCAACAUCUCUGAAGGCAACUGUCCUGAGAGGAUUAUUACUUUGGCAGGGCCAACCACAGCCAUCUUUAGAGCAUUUUCCAUGAUCAUCGAGAAACUGGAAGAGGACAUCAGCAGCUCAAUGACGAACAGUACAGCCGCCGGCAAGCCCCCGGUGACUCUGCGCAUCGUGGUGCCUGCCAGCCAGUGUGGCUCCCUCAUUGGCAAAGGUGGCUGCAAGAUCAAGGAGAUCAGAGAGUCGACUGGUGCUCAGGUUCAAGUGGCAGGAGACAUGCUCCCCAACUCCACAGAACGUGCCAUCACUAUAGCUGGCACGGCUCAGUCUAUAAUCGAGUGCGUGAAGCAGAUCUGUGUGGUCAUGCUUGAGUCUCCCCCUAAAGGAGUCACCAUUCCUUACCGACCCAAACCUUCAGGAUCCCCUGUCAUCUUUGCAGGCGGACAGGCGUACACAGUGCAAGGACAGCACGCCAUUCCACAGCCAGAUUCUUCCUCUGCUGCUAUCUCUCCACAGCUCACCAAGCUUCACCAGCUUGCUAUGCAGCAGAGCCACUUCCCCAUUGCACACGGCAACCAGGGAUUCACCGGGAUUGAUGCCUCUGCUCAACCCGAAUCUCAAGAGAUGACCAUUUCAAAUGACCUCAUCGGCUGCAUCAUUGGCCGCCAGGGUGCCAAGAUUAACGAGAUCAGGCAAAUGUCGGGCGCCCAGAUCAAGAUUGCAAAUCCCGUGGAUGGGUCGACCACCCGGCAGGUUACCAUCACAGGCGCGCCUGCCAGCAUCAGUUUGGCCCAGUACCUCAUCACCGCCAGUGUAGAGUCCUCUAAACCUCCUCCCUCCUCCUCCUCCUCCUCCUUGAACCCCGAACAGAGCAGCCCGUGCCCUUCCUCCACAUCUACUGCUACUACUACUGCUACCACUACUACUACUACUACCACCUCCUCUGCUUCUUCCUCCUGUGUGGUGCCCCCCUCCGUCUCCAUCCCUCUGUCCUUGUUGGCUCCUGGUCCGCCUCCUCCCUCCUCCUCCUCCACCUCCACCUCUACCGACCCCCUGACCCCCAGCUCUCCUGCCUGUGUCUCCAGUCUUCUUAGUCUCAAGCCUCUCCCACUUCUGGCCCUCCAUGUUGUCAGCGGGGCCGCCAACCCCGCUGCCCCCGAGCCCAAAAUCGCCCCUGAGCUGAGUUCCAAGUCCAAACGGCGAAGGCUGUCCCCUUACUAAUGUUGUCGUCUGCUUUGCCACACGUACUAAACACACACAAGCGGCCAUAUUUACUCCGCUAUUGCCUGUCGAGUGUCCUGUAAGAUUAUCAUUAUUAUCCUAUCAAUAUUUUUGAAUGACUGCAUGCACAGUGGAUCAUUCCACUCAAGCCUUUUUUCCUCGUUGUGCAUAAGCUCUGCUCAGGUAGCAUCUCUAAGAUGUCACAGUGGAUCUUAUUUGUUUUGUGGUCGCCGUGGCAACAGUGUACAAAAUGAGUGAUGUGUGCUCAGGUAUCCACUCAAGUAUAGUAUUAGCUAAUUUAUUGAUAUUAUUUGCCUUUUUUUUUUUUUUGCUGUUGCCAGUUCUUUCUAAGUUGAUCUGUAAAUGUUUCCAAAGUGAGGGCAAAGCUGUUACUGUUUGCCAUAAACAUCUUUUUUCCCCACACACAUUUUAAAUUGGGCUACUUGGAGAGGGGGAAAGUUUCAUUCUGUCAUUCAACAAAAACUUUUAUAGUCGUGCUAGUACUGUAGUGUGUAAUUGUACAAGAAGGUGGACCACUUUUACUCUAUAAAAUGACAACACAACCAACAUAGCGCUCAUGCUUUAUAUAAUAUAAAAGUUCAUUUUAACCUUUCAAUGCAGGCUAGUACUGUUAUGUUGUUGUAACACAGGCCUUUUUUUUAAUUAUCCCUCAAUCUACCACUCAGGGCCAUGUAGAAAAACUGCAUUUUUUUUUGUGUUUGGCCUUCUGUGUCAAGCAUAUGCCACAAGUUUGGUUAUUUUGUUAGUUAAUGCCAAACAUGCAAACAAUUACAAUAUGAUACUUCACAUGAUUACAGUUUUUCAUUACAGCAUGUCCGAAAAGGAGUAGAAAGAAGCAAAGCUCAUUUAACCCUACCCCCUUGUUUUUUAAAUAGCAAUUACUAACACAUUUUUUUACUGCUCAUUCUGUAACACAACAAUGAAUACAUUAUUUAGUAAAUAAAUAGACAAAUGAGUAAGUAAAUAAUUAUUAUUACAUACAUAAAUAACAAAGUUUUCAUGAGUAAAUAGUUUUUAGGCUAUUUUUGGCUUGAAAUAUGUGCCAUUCUAAUCUAUUAGUCUAAUAUUUCCUUGCUGAUUAUUAUUUUUAAUAUGACAGCCCAAAUUCAAUUAUUAACUACAGAACAUUUAGUUUUUUCCUCAAAUGUAUUAAGAUAAAGCUGAACCUCUAUUUACGAACCUAAUAGAAGUUUGUAUAUCGAAGCCAAUGUCUCCAAACCAAUGUAAACAUAAAUAUUGAGUUUGAGCCUCGACAUAAGUCCAUAUUGUAGUAAAAGUUAGUACACAUAUAAAGUGCUAAACAAUUAUGUAUAUCAAACAAACAUAACAAGUGGCGAUGGAUCAAUUUUCUAUUUAUUAAUGAAGUCAAAACAACCACAAGCUGAAGCUGAACAGUCUUCCUUUGAAGCGCACACACUCACACGCACUUGUCACUAGCCCUGUAGUGCACUCAGUUUGAAAUGACAAAAAAAGUCAGGUUGCUAAAAUGAUUAGAAAAAAAAGUGAAAGGGUUAAGCGGUAGAAAAUGGAUGGAUGGAACUUUACCUUUUUGGCCUGUAGUAGAAGGGAGAGGGCUGUGUCGACAACGCUGUGUAUAUAUUUCCUGAAUGUGUCAAACUACACAUCGCUUGUCCAUUGCUAUCUUUGGACUCGUUGAGCUCGCAUAACUAGAAAAAUGGCUAAAAAAAGUAGCAAAUAGCUUAGUAGCUAACAACAACACUGUCGUACUGACUAAAUAAGUACCACCAGCGACCCCGAAGGGAAUAAGCGGUAGAAAGUGGAUGGAUGGAAGUUCAGAACUUUCACAGGAACCUUUAGUUCCUGGAGACCUGUGUGGUUUGUGUUUCCACUGCAUUUCACAGUGCAGGUACUUUAUACAAAUCAGGCUGACGUAUGGAGGAGUGGUACAGUAUAUUUCUACACUGAUACCAUGUCAAUAAACAGACAUAUUUAUUUUACAAGAGAGUAAGUAAAUGACAUACAAAACAAUAUGAUUGUUUAAUAGCAAAGUGUACCGGAUUUUACGUAAAUGUCAGCUAGGCUUUUGUCUAUCGUUUCUAAAGUGGUCCCCUCAGUAAAUGAUGAAUUUAUGACUCAGGCGAGUCCUUUAUCAAAUCAAAUCAAAUCAACUUUAUUUAUUUAUGUUCUAUUUUAACUGUAAAUAACAAUUCAUUAGUGAUAAAUGUCUUUGUUUGUCUCACGGCGACAACAAACACAUCAUAUUUAGUGUUGGCCUGUUAGCAUUAGCAUUCGCUUCACUUGGAUGGAGGCUAAUAAACACAAAUGACUACUUUUACAACACGUAACAAAAUAAAUAGUUCAUAUUUGUGGUUCCACUCCUUCAGUUCACAUUUCUCUCCAAACUACCAGUUUGUUGAGUCCCAGUGAGCAUAGUUGUAUUGAAAUGAAGUUUGGAAAAAAGAAAAGGAAAAGAUUAACCUGCAUAGGAGUUUAAAGACUAGAGCUGAGCAAAAACACUGCAAGAUAGUUCAACUAAUCAGAGUUCUUCAGCACACAGGUGCCCCACUAAAGUUCCUGCAAGUCAAAAGUUUAUUUCGUCCUUUCUUUCUGCUGUCAAGUUUGUUGGAAUAGAAAUAGACAAUGAAUAGGAUAUUAACACGUUGUCCUCAUACUGUAACAGUGGCUGAAACAUGACGUACAAAGUUUUAAAAAGGACAACAAAGUUCGCCCCUCUUAGGUUCCUUCUGAAAGUCCCACCUCGCUACUAGGAACUAAACAUAGUUUCUGAAGGACUGACUCUACCUGGGUAGUUUUAGGGGGAAAAACUUUAUUUAUCUGGGUUCAGGAGAAAGUUCCUGCAGUGUAAAAAGGCCUAAUGUUCCUACACCAAAGCAUAUUUUAUUGUGUUUGUGGCAGGUAAAUCCAGCUCCAACUUUCUUGUUAAAAUAAUUUCCUCUUCUAUUUAUUUCCCUUAUAUUUAUUCUGGUAAAAUUGCAAUUUUUUACUCAAAAUUGUAUUUUCCUUGUGAGAAGAAUGUGUUGGUGACACUCAGCUGGUAACGUUUCUUGUUUGAUGAUGGAGGUUUUGUGUUCAACUAGCAGGUCUUUUACUUUCCCUUUUUAAAAUGACACUUUUCACUGGGUGUCCCAACACUUUUGUAAAAUGAAACUUAGAUCAGGGGUGUCAAACGUACGGCCCGAGGGCCGGGUCAGGCCUGCGAACAGGUUUUAUCCGACCCGCGGGAUGAGUUUGCUAAGAAUAAAAUCUAUUAUUAGGGACCGAAUGUCCCUUUGGGACAGAGGACCAUAUUGUAUUUCUAAGGUUUUAUUAGGGCCCGCAUGGCCCAUUGUAUAAGGACUCCCAAAGGGAGUCCUUAUGCAAUGGGACAUAAGGACCUAUUGAAUUUGUAAGGUUUUUUAUUAUUAUUCUUUUUUCUUCCGCCGCCACAUUAAACUGUAAUUUGACCCACUUAACAUGCUUCAAAACUCACCAUAUUUGACCCACACAUCAGGACCUGCGAAAA